AUGACUGAAGUUGAUUUGGGGACUGUAUUUAAAGGAAGCGAAAGUGGCGAGAUCGUCAAGGCCAAAGGCGAGACGAUUAAGCUUGGUCCUGGCCAAGUCGUGAUCGAUAUCGCGUACUCUGGCCUGUGCGGUACGGACCAGCAUUUCCGCCACAAUCCUAACAUGGUGCUUGGCCACGAAGGAGUGGGCAUUAUCUCGCAAGUCGAUCCCCUAGUGAAGCACUACAAGGUAGGAGACCGUGUCGGUUGGGGCUACAACCACGAAGCUUGCGGCUUUUGUAACCACUGUUGGAAUGGGCGCGAUGUGAUCUGCCCCGACCGCAAAAUGUACGGCGUUGCAGACCUGGAGUGGGGCAGCUUUGGCGAUCGCGCCGUCCUCAACGAGUUUUUCAUCCACAGGAUCCCCGACAACUACCCACUUCGCUUGGCUGGCCCGUUGCAGUGUGGUGGCGCAACGGUGUACAGCGCCAUUUUGAAUGCGGAGUCCAAGCCUGGCCAGCGGGUCGGUGUGCUUGGUCUAGGUGGACUUGGCCACCUUGCUGUACAGUACCUGAACAAGAUGGGUCUGCAUGUGACGGUUAUCAGUAGCUCGAACAGCAAGCGGGAGCAAGCGCUUGAGCUCGGUGCAAGCGAGUUUAUUGCAACAAAAGAAAACCCUGACUUUAAAGGGGUGCUGCCUUUGGAUGCACUGUACGUGUCUACGAGCUUCCAGCCCGAGUGGGACCAAGUGGUGAAAGUGAUGGCCCCCGGCGGGGCUCUCGUGCCGCUCACGGUAAGCGAUGAAGAGUUCCGGUUCCCCUACUCUUCCAUUCUGUUAAAAGAGCUCCGUGUGAUUGGCAGUCUUGUUGCGCGCCGUCAAGUGCACCGCGAGAUGAUGGAAUUCAGUGCGCUGAACGAUGUGAGGCCGAUGGUCGAAGAACUUCCCAUGACUGAAGAGGGCCUGAACAAGGCCUUUGCUCGUCUCGAAAAAGGCGACGUGCGCUACCGCUUUGUGCUGAAGUCACAGCGCACCGAUGCGGAUUAA